AUGUCCUCUAGUGACCAGAACCCAGCGCCCACGCCCGCAUCGGGCACCGGCGGGACGGCGCCGCCCCCGGGGCGGCCGACCACGGUGUCCUCGCAGGCGAUCGACAUGGGCGCGCAGGUGAUGCAGCCGCUGAAGCCGGUGCGCCAGAUGAAGCAGCACGCGUGCAGCUUCGCGCUGUACGCGCACGACAUGCACCGGCAGAUCGAGGUCCACCACUUCGUCUCCCGCCUCAACCAGGACGUCCUCCAGUGCGCCGUCUACGACUCCGACAAGCCCUCCGCCCGCCUUAUCGGUGUGGAGUACAUCGUGUCUGACGCCAUCUUCGAGACCCUGCCGCCGGAGGAGCAGAGGCUGUGGCACUCGCACGCCUACGAGGUCAAGGCCGGGCUGUGGACGGACGUCGGCGUCCCGGAGAUGCUGCAGAGCUCGGAGAUGGCCAGGAUGGCCAAGACGUACGGCAAGUUCUGGUGCACCUGGCAGGUUGAUCGCGGUGAUCGGCUGCCCCUCGGCGCGCCGGCGCUCAUGAUGUCACCGCAGGCCGUGGAGCCAGGCAGGGUGCGCCCCGAGCUGGUGCGCGACCGCGACCAGCGGUGCAAGGUCGACAGCUCGGCCUGUGGGCUCAAGGCAGAGAGGGUGGAGAUGGAGGAGCCGGAGUGGAUCAACCCCAACGCCGACUACUGGCGGCUGCACGGCAAGGGGUUCGCCGUGGACGUCACUGCCACGGAGAUGAAGCAGCACGCGCCCUUCCCGUGAGAGAUCGGUUGGCAUAGGGCGCGUUUCUUCUUUUUUUGUAGCAUCACCACCCAGGUGUACGAGAACGGCGCGUUUGGCAGCUUGGAGCCUUCUAUUGCC